UGAAUAUUACAGUUAGGAAACGGUGGCUACUCGUCUCCCAUGACUUCUCUCCUGGUUCUUAAAUCCGCGAAAAAUGCACAAAAAUCUUGAGCGCUGGAAGCAGUGAAAAUUCUAGGAAAAAUCUAGUUUAUUGGCGAUUCGUCUUCUCCUAUCAAGGACUUCAUUAUAGAUGGGUGGCUUCUGAAGGUGUUCUUAUCGGGGUUUAGCCGAUGGGUAACUGCUUCCAAUUUCUUUCGACAUUGAGAAGAACUCACAGCUCUCACAAUACUUCCGGCCAAUCAAAACACAAGUCAAUUUCAUCAACAAUCCCUUCCACCUUAAUCGGUUCAACUCCUUCAAACCUCACUGCACCUUCAUAUGAAGAAAUUCGUUCUUUUGACACUCUUCCUACUCCACGAACUGAGGGCGAGAUCUUAGCAUCUUCAAAUUUGAAGAACUUCACAUUCAAUGAAUUAAAAAAUGCAACCAGGAAUUUUCGCCCCGAUAGUCUUCUCGGGGAAGGAGGAUUUGGUUAUGUCUAUAAAGGUUGGAUUGAUGAACAAAGUUUGACAGCAUCGAAACCUGGAGUUGGUAUGAUUGUUGCUGUUAAAAAGCUUAAACCAGAGGGCUUUCAGGGCCACAAAGAAUGGCUAACUGAGGUUGAUUAUCUUGGACGGCUUCGCCACCCAAAUCUGGUUAAGCUAAUUGGAUACUGUUCGGAAGGUGAUGACAGGUUGUUGGUCUAUGAAUUCAUGCCCAAAGGAAGCCUAGAAAAUCAUCUUUUUAGAAGGAGUGCAGAGCCAUUAUCAUGGGGUAUAAGAGUCAAAGUUGCACUGGGAGCUGCGAGAGGACUCUCUUUUUUACAUAAUUCUGAAUCACAAGUCAUUUAUCGAGAUGUGAAAGCUUCGAAUAUUCUCCUUGAUUCUGAAUAUAAUCCGAAGCUUUCUGACUUUGGCUUGGCAAAAGCCGGACCGACGGGGGAUAGGACUCAUGUCUCCACACAAGUGAUGGGCACACAAGGAUAUGCGGCUCCGGAAUAUAUUGCAACAGGCAGGCUAACAGUAAGGGCUGAUGUCUAUAGCUUUGGGGUGGUUCUACUAGAACUGCUUUCAGGACGCCGUGCCGUCGAUAAGAACAAAGUCAGCACGGAACAGAUUCUAGUGGACUGGGCGAAACCGUUCCUCGGCGACAAACGAAAGCUGUUCAGAAUCAUGGACACGAGAUUGGAAGGCCAAUAUGCUAAGAAAGGCGCAUUCACCGUAGCAAAUCUCGCUUUGCAGUGCAUCAGCAUGGAUUCAAAGCAGCGUCCGCAGAUGCGCGAUGUUCUCGCCGUGUUAGAUACUCUUCAAAGUGCGAAAGAUGGAACGAAUUCUCUGCAAAAAGAACAAAGGGAUAUUGCUGUGAAGUUGAACAUGAAGCCUCGAGCUUCGCCUCGACGACGUAGAGCAACCAAUUCUGUAGCUCUGCCAUCUCAGAUAUGAUCUUACUUAUUUGAUAGUCGGGUGAAUUGUUUAAAUAGUCUCCUGAUUGUUUAUAUGUGUCAUUUUAAUCUGAAUCAAUAGGAGUGUCAAAUUAAUUCUCAAAUUUUUAAAAUUGAGGUUGAAAUAAUCCUCACCCUUGUUAAAAGAGUCCGGGGGUUAAAUUGACUUUUUUUUUUAGAUUCUGGGACUAAAAUGACCCCUUAUAAAGAGUUGAGGAUUAUUUUGACAUUUUUCUCUUUAAUAUUCUGAUGUAGAUUGUGUUUUUAAAUGAAUCAAUUUUGUAGUAAUUGUCAGCAGCUUGUAUCCACUUACUGAAAAUGCGGCUAUGAAUUUGGUGCACUG